AUGGACGCGCUUAAAACGGCGGCGCCGUCGCAGCUGCUGGCGGAGCGCGGCGCCACCCUCGUCGUCAUCCACCCGGGCUCGCUCACCCUCCGCAUCGGCCUCGCGUCGUCCGCCGCCCCGCUCGCCAUUCCGCACGUCAUCGCUCGGCUCACGUCGCCACGGGAGGGACUGCGGGGGGGAGCGGCAGAGAACGAGAAGCGCGCAGAGCGCGGAGGCGAGGCCGCGGGCGUGGCGGACGAGCGAGACCGGGUGAGAAGCUUGGGCGGGCGAACAGGGGGGGCGAUUGGAUGGGGGAGACGAGUGGAUGGGUGUGCGCAGGAAGCAGCGGUAGGCGGGGAGGUGGAGGGCGGAGGAGAGGGCUGGGCGCGGAAGGCGGCGGAGCGGAUGAGCGGUGAGGGCGGCGCCAAGGAGUUGUCCGCCGCGAUGAAGGAGCGGCGGCACGCGCUGCGAGCCACGCUGGCGGAACUAGGGCUUCCGCCGCUGGCGGACGGGAGGGGGCGGAGGGGGGUAGAAGGGCAUGGGGAGGAGAGCGAGGAGGAGGGGAGGAAGUGGGCGGGGGGAGGGGGCGUCGAGGUGGACGACUCGAGGUUCGCGUGGACGCGCGUGGUGGCGAGGGGCGGGGGGGACGAGGGUGAGGGCGACGAGGAGGAGGAGAACGGAGGGGUGGAGGGGGCUGCGAGACAGUUGAAUGGCAGUGAGGCGGAUGAGGGGGGAGGGCAAGGCGAGGGGCAGCGAGUGGGGAAAGAAUGCGUGGGUGGGGAGCGGGCGGUGGGCAGGGCGGAGGAGAGCGAGGCAGGGGCGAGUGAGCAGGCGAGGGGCGGCGUGGUGGCGGCGCGUGGCGAGGCAAGGAGCAGCGCAGAGGCACGUGCAGCAGAUGGGGGCGCGCAUGCUGGGGAGAGAAUGGCUCGCGACGACAAUAACGGACAAGGGCAGGCAGGGGAGGAGCAGGACGGGAAGGAGAAAAUGGGGGAGGGGACGGACGAUGAGAGGGCAGAGGUGAAAGAAGAGAAGAAUGAAGGGGAGUGUGAGAGAGGGGAUGGGAGGGGCGGAGGCAAGGGCGGUGAGACAGGUAUGGAUGGGGAGGAGGGUGGGAAGGAGGGUGAGAAGGAGAGUGGGAAGGAGGAGGAGGUGAAAGGGAGGGGCACGGUGGACGAGAGGGAAGAAUCAAAGGAGGGUUUGAAGGAUGCGGGUGGAGGGAAGAGUGCAGAUGCGAGGGGCAGCGGGGAGGGCGGCGUGCAAGUUGGUGCGGAGCAUGGUGCGCGUGUGGCUCGUGGGACGGCCACGAGUGGGAGAGAGGAUACGGGGGAUGGGGGAGGGGAGGGUAGUGAGGGGAGGGCAUUGAGGAGAGAGGAGGCGGAUGGGGGUGAAGGGGAGGGCGAGGGCAUGGUGCAAGGGGAGCGAGUGGUGGGGACGAUUGGAAUGGUGGAUGGGGCGAGUGGCAGUGCGGCGCAGAAAGGGGUGGAAAAGGGGAAGGGGACGGAGACAGGGGCAGCGAAUGAUCUGGCCGCGAUGGCAGGGAGCGGGGGAGCAAGGGAGGGUCAAGAGGGCGAGCGGGGCGCGGAGGCCGGAGUGGGCCAUAGGAGGCAGGCAUGUGAUGCAGGCGGGGCUGUGUCGCUUGAUGUGGGCCAGGUGGGGGGGCAGGGCGAGGCAGUGAUGGAUGCAGUGGAUGGCGGGGCGGAGAAUGGAGGGGCUCACGUGGGGGUGAAGCAGGAGGUGAGGGAAGGGGACAAUGAGGCGCCCACGUCUCCCCCGCCCCUGCCGGCUCCCCCAAGUGCACCGCAGGGCAGGCAGCGUGGGGGGCCACGGUACCGCCCGGUGGUGGUGGGCGAGGCGGCGCUGGUCAUCCCAGGCGAUGCGCCGUACGAGGUGCGGCGGCCCAUGGCGCGCGGGCACCUCAACGCCAGCCGCGCCUACCCGCUGCUGCACGUGCUGGUCGACCUCGCCGCCAUCUGGGACAAAGCCCUCGCCCGCCUCUGCCCUCUCCCCCACGCCGCCGCUCCUGCCCACGCUGCUGCCUCUGCUUCCCAACAGCAGCAGCCGGGCAGGAGAGGGCAGGGGCAGGAGUGGGACGGGGAGGAGGGGAGUGAGCGGCGGCGGCAGCGGCAGCAGUGGCAGCAGCAGGUGUCGGCGGUGGUGGUGGUGCCGGAGAGCAUGGAUGCGCGCGAGGUGAAGGAGCUGGUGGGCGUGGCGCUCUCGCACCUGCGCCUGGCGUCCGUGGUCGUGCACCAGCAGGCCGUCGCCGCCGCCUUUGGCAGCGCGGCGCCGUCAGCGUGUGUGGUGGACGUGGGCGCGCACACGGUGAGCGUGGCGUGCGUGGAGGAGGGCAGCGUGCGCACGGCGUCGCGCGUGGUGGUGCCGGUGGGGUCGGAGGACGCGGGGCUCUGCCUGCUGUGGGCCGCCAACGACAUGCUGGGCGGCCGCCGCCCCCGCUCUCCCACGCCCCUGGAUGGGGCGGGCGGGGCAGGCAGGAGUGGGGGAGAGAAGCGCAAGGGUCGAGAUUUGGAGAGCGUGGAAUCGAAGGAGAGCGAUGAGGGGGAGCGGCAGGAGGAGGUGGGGGAGAGGGAGAGUGGCGAGGGCAUCAGGCGGUCACUGCGGGUGGCCAAGAGAGUGCGGGGCGAGGGGAGUGGAGUGGGGGAGGGAGGGGGCGGCAGAGAGAAGGGUGCGCAGGAAAGCAGAGGUGCAGGUGGUGCUGGCACUGUGGGCGAGGGCGCAGAGGGGGAUGAGUUGUGGGAGGAGGGGGAGUGGUUGUGGCCGUACCGGGGCUUUGACCCGUGGGCGGAUGCACAGGAGUGGGCGCAGCUGCAGGCGGUGAAGGAGGCGCACUGCUCUCUGGAGGUGGAGGAGCGGGGCGGUGAGGACGCCUUUGAGGAUGCCGUGCAGGCAGGCCCCUUCAGGUGUUGCCGCAUCGACUUCAUUCAACGCUCACCUGCCUCGCCUGUUGCCAUGCGCCAUGCGGUGCCGCUGCCGCGAGCAGCCAUGCGAGCAGCAGCGGAGAUGCUCUUCCGCCCCGCCCUCAUGCUCUCGCCACUCUCUCACGCGCACUCACCCCUCACCCCGUGGCCGUGGCCGCCCGCCCAUCUGCGGGUGGACCACCAGGACGCCCUGGAGGACCCCUCGCUGCCCGACGCCGCGCUGCGCCGCCUCGACGCCCUCGCCCUGCCCGACCCCGACCGUGCGCCACCCACCGCCUCUGCUGCUCCCACGGGGGGCCGGCGCGCACCGCAGCUGGUGGGGCUGGACGCGGCCAUCGCAGCGAGCGUGGCGGCGGUGCCGGACAGGGAGGGGCGUGAGAAGCUGCUCACCAACAUCGUGCUCACGGGGGGUGGCGCUUCUCUGCCCGGGCUGAGGCGCCGCAUCGAGCAGGCCGUGCCGCGCGCCCUCAUGGCCCGCCUGCAGGCCAUGGCCCACCAAGCCCAAGCUGCUGCUGCUGCCGCUGCUGCUGCUGCCUCUGCGGCUGCUGCUGUUCCACUGGGUUCUGGACACAACCCUGCCGCAGCUGCUGCAGCCGCCGCAGCAGCGGCAGCGGCAGCCACUGCAGCACAGGCUCAGGCUGCUGCUGCAGCUGCUGCGGGAGGUGGCGUGGGUGGCCAGGGGCGCGUGGAGGUGGAGGUGCUGGCGAGCAGGCAUGCGCCGGGCGCGACAGCGUGGCGGGGGGGUGCGGUGCUGGGCGUACUGGACUGGAGCCGAGAGUCGUGGAUGACUCGGGAGGAGUGGGUGGAGGGGUGCCGCGUGGGCGCUGGCAGACGGUACCGCGAGUCCAUGUGCUUCCAAACACCUCUCGUGUGGUACUCGAAUGUGGAGUAG